GCAAAACGAGUUUUGAAGUCGAUGGAGACCCGAAAGUAUAACUUCACCGACCAGUGGUUCGUGACGGAGAGCUGUGCCGUCUGCCUGGAGGAGUACAUCCCUGGACAGGAGGUUCGAAUCCUCCCCUGUCGACACGAGUUUCACAAGUCGUGCGUUGAUGGCUGGCUGAUCAAUAGGAGGACCUGUCCUUUGUGUCUAUCUAAUAUUUUA